AUGAUGGAUGAUUCUUUGGAUAACGAAAAUGAAAAUAAUAAUCAACAACAACAUGAUGGAAAGCGUGAGAAAAAGCAUCCGAUCAAUUUUGAAUAUCAGGCUCAUGUCAUGAUGAAGAAUUCUAGAGUGGGACAUCCUUAUGAUUUGGUUAGUAAGGAACAAUUGGAGAAUUGUUUGGAGACGAUGAAGAAAUUACAUAAACAUCGAUACUUGUUGAAGAGUCCCGAGUUGAAGGAUUUGUUUGAGGCUGGCUCAGCCUUGUUUAAUCCAUUGACGGAAGAGGAAAAGAUAGAAAGAAGGAGACAGAGAAGAAAACAAGCAAAGGAAGGUAGAAAGAGUCAUGAUGAGACAAUUUUAAAUAAUACAGAAAUGAAAAAGAGAAAAAUUAAUGAAAUUUCCAUUAUUAAAGAACAGUUGGAGGAAAGGAAAGCUUUGGAAUGUUCGAAUUUGGAUCAAGCAGAAACAUCACUUGUGAAAAUGGGUAUUGAAACGGAUGAAAUGAAGAAAAAGAAGAGAAAACACAUGAUGCCUGAUAUUGGAUUAAAAAGGAUUAAAAAGCAAGAUGUACUCAAAUUGUCCAAUUCUGUGGAUGAGGAUGAUGAGGAUGUGACUAUUGAAUCAAUUACUGAUGAUUCCAACCAGACUGCAUCCAGCAGUAGUGCUUCUUCAUCUCAUGUCGACAGCAACUCAAUGCAAGAUGAAGAAAACAAGGCAACAACGGUUCCAACAAUUCUCUUUUCACAAAGACAAUGCUAUAUGUGCAAACAAAUGUUUGAUAAGGUUCAUUUCUUUUAUCACAAAAUGUGUACUCAGUGUGGAGAGUUCAACUAUGAAAAGAGAAAUGCAACUUGUGACUUGUCAGGUCGUGUUGCUCUUGUGACUGGUGGCAGAGUUAAAAUUGGUUAUGAAAGUAGUUUGAAACUUCUCAGAAAUAACAUUUCUAUGGUCAUUGUAACAACUCGUUUCCCAAAGGAUGCUGCUAAAAGAUAUACAGCUGAACCAGAUUUUGAUCAAUGGAAAGAUAAGCUUCAAAUUUAUGGAUUGGACAUGAAACACAUUCCAAGUGUUUAUGCAUUUUGUGAUUUUUUGAAACAAAAGCUUGAUAGAUUGGACAUUAUUAUUAACAAUGCCUGUCAAACCAUUAGAAGGCCAUGUGCAUACUAUAGACAUGUCUGCCUCGAUGAAAUGACAGUCAGUUUGGAGGAUUUGAGCGAGAAUGUAAAGAAAAUACUACCAACAGACUUUUUCAUGAAACCAGAAAUGAUAGAACAUACAGAUUCAGGUAUCAAGACUCUCAUUUCUCCAACAAGUGAUGAACUUAUCGAGCAUGCAUCCAAUAAUCCAACAAGUAAUCAAAUUGUACCAUACAGUGUAGAUUCUUUGAGGGCUCUCACUGAUUCCUGUAAUGUUAGUACAAGUGCACUCAUUUCUCAAAUUCCAAUCUUGAAAGAGGAUCAGCUUUAUGACAGUAAUUUAUUCCCACAUAAGGUUCUCGAUGUAAAUAAGAGUCAAGUAGAUUUGAGACAAAAGAAUUCAUGGGUUCAAAAAUUGGAUCAGGUUCCAAUUUUCGAAUUUUUAGAAGUGCAAACCAUCAAUGUGACUGCGCCAUUCAUUAUCAACUCUCGUUUGAAACCACUGAUGGCCAAAAUGGUCGAUCAAGACAAGUUUAUCAUUAAUGUUAGCAGUAUGGAAGGUCAGUUUUAUAGAAAAACGAAAAAAACAACCCAUCCACACUUGAAUAUGGCAAAGAGUUCUUUAAAUAUGAUGACAAGAACAAGUGCCGCCGACUAUGCCAAGAGCAGAAUCUACAUGGUCUCAGUCGACACUGGAUGGAACAAUGAUGAAAAUCCAUUGAAUAUCAACAAUGUUAAGGAGACUUACUUUUGUCCACUGGACGAAAUUGAUGGCGCUGCAAGAAUCAUGCAUCCAAUUUUUACAUGCAUUAAGGAGGGAAAGAAAAUAUUUGGAGUUUUCAUGAAGAAUUAUGAUUCAUACUAUUGGUAA